CCAAUUGACUCAGAGGUGGUUAUUCAGUGUCACCGUUUGGUAUAUGACAGUAAGAGAAAGAGAAUGGAGAGGAACAAGAUGAUUCUGGUGAAUGGAAAGUGGUAUAAGAAAGAUACUUCAAGACAACAGAGCGUCAAGACGAGGGCAGUCGAAGGCUUAUGAGUCUAGAGCUCUCGAGGGGACGAUACAUGCCCAAGUAUAUAUGCAUGGCUUGCCAAUCCCAGGUGUGACAGGGGGGGGGGGGCUGUGUUUAUUUCGACCGAGUAUCAGAGCAACAGAUAACAAACCGUCCCGGAGCUUGUACUCUCGUACACUACUUGUGCGUUGCUCAAGGGUACACCACACCAUCGUUAUGGCCCAGGCUUCUAGAAGAGUUGUUAGAUUUAGCGCGGAUAGGAUCCGGCAGGGCGGAAAUGCAUUGGUGGAGACUCUUCAGAAGUGCUAUGAGGGUGACGUAGAACUAGACGCUAAUCGUUAUGCAGCAAUAAACCCUAUGCAGAGGGGCGUCACACUCACACUGGUGAGGGCAUCGUAUACCUGGCUUCGGAGGCACUACUGCUACCCGUGGCCCAGAGCCAACCAUAGACGGGAAGGGACUGGGGGCAUGGGCAACAUGCGGGCUGGCCAAAGCUCUGUGGAGAUGAGGGGUCCCAUCAGCAUGGGCUUCCAUCUAUCUUGCUUUUUCUUCUUUGAUUUUCCCGUCGUCUUUGUUUUCCCCUCCUAUGCUAUGCCUGUUUGGCUCCUGUCGACUGAAUUGGCCAAUGGAAGUUGACGAACACGACUUAGACCUAGCGUUGCCGAAUCAGCCGAAACCGAGACUUUGCGAUGACCACUGAGUAUCUCGAUUGCUGUGAACUUUAGCGCCCGAGUCUUCAUGUACCCUCGCUCCACCGACUUGACGACAAUGCUGAAUUGUACAACGCCCAUGGCAUUUCGUCGAGGAACAUCUUUUUUGAGGUUGAUUUAAGUGAGUGGGGGUGGCCCAGGGCCCCCUAACGCAAAGAAUUGCCCUGCUAAAAGACUUGAUAAAGGCAAUUACGAGUCCUACUACUAAGUAGCGGUAGUAAGUACA